AACCCUCACCAAGUAGUUCCUUCUUGAAACAUAAAUAUGUCCGCCGAAUUCGCUGAAAAGCCUGUCGACCCUAAGGUUGAAGAGCUCGAGGAUGAGCUUCCCGAGCUCGAGGAGAGUGAGAUCAGCGCUGCUGAUACUCCCCAAUCUCGUGGUGAGAAGAAGGCUCGCAAGGCCAUCAAGGCCCUCGGCUUGAAGAAGGUUGAUGGUAUCACCCGCGUCACCAUGCGCCGUCCCCGUGGUGUCUUGUUGGUUGUUGCCAAGCCCGAUGUCUACAGAAGUGUCAACUCUGACACCUACAUCGUUUUCGGUGAAUCUUCCGUUGAAGACAUGAACGCUCAGGCUCAAGCUGCUGCUGCCCAACAACUUGCUGCUGAAACCGAGACCUCCGAGCAAACCGAGACUGCUGCUCAAGAAGAUGAGGAGGAAGGUGAAGUUGAUGCCACUGGUGUUGAGGACAAGGAUAUUGAGUUGGUUGUUUCCCAAGCCAACGUCAGCCGCAGCAAGGCUAUCAAGGCCCUCAAGAACAACAACAAUGACAUUGUCAACGCCAUCAUGGAACUCACUAUGUAAAAUUUGUUUCAUUGUUUGAUUUGGCCAGUAGAGUACAGCGAAUCUCUACCGAGUUGCGUUCGCUCAUUUGAAAAAGACUAUAACCAUUAAAAAGUCGUUUUUUUUUUCUUCAAAUUUGAAUCAGUUGAUAAUGUCUGUAUUGCUUACGGUAACCUUGUCGUGUAUGG